AAUCGACCACUGAGUAGUCUGAGUUUUUAGUCGAGCUCGAUCUCGAGAUUGAACCUCCCAAAACUCGAUUCGGCUCGGCUCGAUUAUACAGUCUGCCAAGAUUUUCUAAUUUCUAUUGCCUUGGAACCUAAACCCUCCUUAACCCUUACCUCCAUAGUUCAAAACUGCACACAGCCAGAAGCACAGGAAACACGCACCGUCUCUCCAUCAUGGCCCGUCUAAUUCAGAUGGCGCGAAGAGCAUAUCUGUCUUCUUCUUUGCCUUCGUCACCCAAAACCCUAAUUUCUAGACUACAGCAAUCUCCUCUUCAAAUCGAGAAACCCUUCCACAACUCUCUCAACCAGGUCUUCCAGACGCGAAAUUACAUCACUGAGAUGCGUAAAUCUGCCUUUGAAGGGAACAUACUGAGAAUCCUUCGCACCGAGAUUCAAUACGAGUCGGAAUACGCCCCUUCCAAAGAGCCUGUUACAGAAUUCAAUUCGUUUACGGUGGAGGAUAGGCCAGGAGAGCAGUGGGUUAGAUUGAGAAGGAAAUGUGGAGACAAAGAAGAGAUUAAAAUUGAGGUUACGAUGUUCGAUGGGUCCAUUCCUGUUCCUAAAUCCGGUGAUGAUGCCCAAGGGGAAGACAUGAAGCUUCACAUCAGCUUGAUUGUCGAUGUUUCCAAGGUGGAGGGUUGCGAUGUUUUGGAGUUCAUAUGCUCUGCAUGGCCGGACUGCUUGGAGAUUCAGAAAGUUUUUUUGCUUAAGCGUGACGGAAUGCCUGCGGCGCCUUAUACAGGACCUGGUUUUAAGGAUUUGAGCGAUGAUCUUCAGGAUUCACUCCAGGAAUUCUUGGAGGCGAGGGGGGUAACUGAUGAACUUGCUGUUUUCUUACAUGAGUAUAUGAUGAACAAAGAUAAGACUGAGUUUAUCCGGUGGAUGGGAACUGUCAAAUCUUUUAUUGAGAAAUAGAUGGAUUUUCUUCUUAAUAAGGUGGUCUCUUUUUCUUGGAGGCCUAAAGAAUCCAGGGUUGAUGAUAAGGGUUGUCAAUUACGAUGUAUGUUGUGAUGGAUAACAAUGAUCAAUUUGUUCUUUUUGUGUUAAUUUCCUCAUCAGGUCUAGAACCAGAAUUAGAACUUGAAAUUGUAUUUCAUGUUUCUGAUGAUGUUUCAGAUAUCAGACUGAUUGUUGCACCAUAUCACUCUUCAAUCAGCAGUUUUUCUUGGACAGAGACACAGGAGUUGGAAUCUGAUGUGUCCAAGAGUCUGACUCCGCAAUAUGAGAUAACAUGGACCUGCAGACACCUCUAUGGAAAAGUAGCCAUUAAAAUAGUUUCUAAUUUUGGAAUUCUAACAUUAUAUACCUGCAAAAAGAGGUGUAAAAUGUCUCCUUUCUUUCCAAGUAAUGUUUUAUGUGAAAAUGACAUUCAUUUUGUACAUUAGCUGUUGAUUAUGUCAAAUAAGCCAGGGGAUAAGAAAGGAAAUGUUACAUAGAAGUGUUCUCAAGAAUUCAUGGAAUAUUGGACCAACAGUGUCAAUCAGCAUUUUCAA